AUGCAAGGAAUAAAGGCUGCAGGGGAAAAGGCAACUGAUAUGAGGAAAGUACAGGAGUGCCAACAGGGAUCAGACGAGCCACCUGGUGCCUUCCUAGAAAGGGUCUACCAGACUUACCGCCAAUAUACCCCCUAUGACCCAGAAGCAGACGAAAACAGGAGAAUGGUUUUAAACACCUUUGUCACCCAAGCGGCCGGGGAUAUUAGAAGGAAAAUACAGAAGCAAGAAGGGUUCCUGGGGAUGAAUAUAGAACAGCUGCUAGAAAUUGACCAUAAGGUCUUCAUUAGUCGAGAACAAUUGGAGAAAAGAGAGACCGAGAGGAAGAUGAAGAAGAAGGCGGAAUUGCUGGCGGUGGCAUUGGCACAGCAACCCCAACCGGGACCCUACCCACCAGAAAGGGGCCGUAUGGGAGGCUCCAUGAAGGGUAGAAGAGAGGGCAGACGGCCUUUAGAAUUCGAUCAGUGUGCAUAUUGUCGUAAGGAAGGCCAUUGGAAGGGCGAGUGUAAAGAAAGGCUCCAGAAUAUCUGGGGCCGAGGAAAGGGUCGAAAUGACAAAAGAGGCAAUGGAAGAGGUUUCCAACGCCGAGGGGAAGUUCGGGAGGGGAUAUAUGAAAGACGAGGACCAGCUAUGGCGGCAGCGCUGAAUGAGGAUGAAUACGGAUGGGAUGGGGGCCAAAACAUUUCCUUCCUAGUGGAUACUGGGGCUGAACAUUCUGUUGUGACGCAGCCAAUAGCUCCAGUGACAGAUAAAACAAUCAUUGUAAAGGGAGCAACAGGGACUUGCCAGAAGCAACCAUUCCUGGCUGCCCGGACUUGCAAUUUAGGCUCACAUAUAGUGUGCCAUCAGUUCCUGUAUGUGCCCCAAUGCCCUGUCCCACUUCUAGGCCGAGAUUUGUUAUCCAAAUUGCGAGCUACCAUCUCCUUCGAGGGGCCAGACGAUGUUACGUUACAGAUCGCUCCCCCUGUACUGCAUUCAGCCGAUGCUGGAACUUACAUAUUGGAAUGCCCAUUGGAGUGGAGGCUGCAUCAGCCUGGGGGUGACCUGCAAACAGCACCGCUCUUACCCGAGUGGAAUAGAAUUCCCGGGGUCUGGGCAGAAGACAGUUCCCCAGGUUUGGCAAGGCAUCAUGCCCCUAUAGUGGUCCAGAAAGAGCCUGGAGCUCAGCCCAUUCGCAUAAGACAGUAUCGCCUCCCCACUGCAGCGAUCCAAGGAAUACAGAAACACCUGGACCACCUUCUGAAAUAUGGUAUCUUGAAGGAGUGUCAGUCUCCCUGGAACACACCUCUGUUACCAGUCCAAAAGUCAGGAGGGGAUUACAGGCCAGCGCAGGACUUGAGGGCAGUCAACCAGCGGACAGUGACCAUUCAUCCCACUGUCCCCAACCCCUACACUUUACCAGGACUCGUUCCCCAGAGAGCGUGUUACUUCAGUGUGCUGGACCUUAAAGACGCAUUUUUUUGGAUGAGGCUCGCCCCAGUGAGCCAGCCCCUCUUUGCCUUCCAGUGGGAAGACCAGCACACGGGACGCAAGUUGCAGUACACCUGGACUAGGUUGCCCCAAGGCUUCAAAAACAGCCCCGUCCUGUUCGGUCAGGCGCUAGCUCAAGAUUUGGCUCACUUCCCCCUCGACCCCCAGCAGGGGGUGCUGCUGCAAUAUGUGGAUGAUUUAAUGGCGGCGGCAGUAAGUCAAGAAGCUUGUUGUGAGGCUACCCAGAGGUUGCUUGGGGUGCUCUACGAGGCCGGCUACAAAGUGUCGCGAAAGAAAGUGCAGCUCUGCCAGCCCUGGGUGAAGUACCUAGGGUUCGAGAUAUCAGAAGGAACCAGGUCCCUAGGUCAAGGGCGCAAGGAAGCUGUCUGCUCCAUUCCAGAGCCCACUUCCCGGAGGCGGGUGCGAGAAUUCCUGGGGUCUGCAGGGUACUGCCGAAUUUGGAUUCCCAACUUCGCAGAAACAGCAAAACCCCUCUACGAAGCAACAAAGGGGGGAGAACGGGAGCCUUUCCUGUGGGGGGAAGAACAGAAGCUAGCGUUCCGAACACUUAAGAGACAGCUAUUAGAAGCUCGUGCCCUGGGACUGCCAGAUAUUGGAAAGCCCUUUUGCUUAUUCGUACAUGAGCGGAAUGGCACUGCAGCAGGAGUGUUAACCCAACGACUGGGGAAUUGGGAACGGCCCGUAGCAUACCUGUCUAAGCAGUUGGACGCUGUGGCGAAGGGCUGGCCAGCUUGUCUUCGUGCAGUAGCAGCCACAGCAGAGCUGGUCAAAGACUCACAGAAGUUAACUUUGGGCCAGAAGGUCUGUGUUAAGGUUCCCCACUCUGUGCUUGCCCUGAUGGACUAUAGGGGGAGCCACUGGUUUACCAAUGUGCGUAUGACUCGAUAUCAAGGGCUGUUGUGUGAAAAUCCACAGGUGGAGCUAACUGUAGUCAGUGCCCUUAAUCCAGCAUCGUUGCUGCCAGUGGAUGAAGACAGACCAGUUCAUGAUUGUCUUCAAACCAUGGAUGAAGUUUAUUCUAGCCGAAGAGACCUGACCGAUGUUCCCAUGCCAAAUUCAGACAUUGACUAUUUUACUGAUGGUAGCAGUUUUGUCGAAAAUGGGGUUAGAAAGGCAGGCUAUGCAGUGGUAACCUGGACUAAGGACAUAGAAGCUAAACCCCUGCCCCCUAAUACCUCUGCUCAGAAAGCUGAACUUAUUGCGUUAACCAGAGCCCUUCAACUAGCAGAGGGAUUGAAAGUUAAUAUUUGGACUGACUCUAAAUAUGCAUUUCUGACCCUGCAUGCCCAUGGAGCUUUGUAUAAAGAAAAGGGCCUCAUUACUGCUUCAGGGAGAGGAAUUAAAAAUGGACCUGAGAUUUUGCAACUACUCCAAGCCGUAAAUGCCCCACUGAAAGUGGCUGUUAUGCACUGCCGUGCCCACCAGAAGCCGUUGAGCCCUGUGGCAAAAGGGAACCGCCGGGCAGAUGAAGCAGCUAAGGUGGCUGCCAGGGAAGAGUAUUCACAGUCGUUGAGCCUUCAGUACCCUCUUUUCCAAGUCCAGAUGUCUGAUUUGACUCCGAAAUAUUCUCAGGAGGAAGAGAAUUGGGCUGGUCUCCAGAUUAGUCAGAGAUGUGACGGUUGGCUUCAAUUCCCUGAUGGAAGACUCUUUGUGCCUGAAACAAUCGCCUAUGCAGUAGUAAAAGCCGCCCAUGAAGCUACUCAUUAUGGGAAGUCCGCACUGGCUGAAUUGUUAAACAAAGAUUUAUACUUGUUGGUAUUUGUCGAUUCAUAUUCGGGGUGGGUAGAGGCGUACCCCACCAAAACUGAGAAAGCAGGGGAGGUGGUCCGUUGUCUCAUAAGGGAAAUUGUGGGAAGAUGGGGUUUGCCAGCGAUCAUAGGAAGUGACAAUGGCCCGUCCUUCGUGGAUAAAGUGGUCCAGGGGGUGUCCCGACUCUUAGGCAUCCAGUGGAAGCUUCAUUCGGCAUAUAGGCCUCAGUCCUCAGGAAAAACGGAAAGAAUGAACAGAACCAUUAAAACCCAAUUAGCUAAGAUAUGCCAGGAGACAAGAUUACAGUGGCCCCAAGCUCUGCCGAUAGUGCUCUUUCAAAUGUCGGCCGAACAAGCGGACAAGUUGUCCCCAUUUGAGCUAAUGUUCGGCAGACCGCCUCCUAUCCUACAAGGAGUUACAGGAGACCCUUGUCAAUUGGGGAAUUUAGUGCUCCGGGAACAAAUCAUGGCACUGGGGAAAAGUUUGCAGCAGAUUCGAAAGUAUGUUGGGGAACAACAACCCCUUCCGGUGUUUAACCCAGUCCAUAGGUACCAGCCAGGGGAUGAGGUCUGGGUAAAAGACUGGCGGGUAACUCCUUUGGGACCUAAAUGGAAGGGCCCUUAUGUUGUUCUGUUAGCUACCCCCACAGCAGUUAAAGUAGAAGGCAUUGCAGCAUGGGUUCACUGGACUAACAUUAAACCAGCUGCCGUGCCUUGGGUUUCAGAACUCUGUCCAGAUACUCCCCUCCGACUCCGUUUGAAGAAGGUAUCCUCUGGAUCUCAGCCUACCGGGAACGGCUAG